UCACAUUAUUCAUUGCGAGGGUUUUGUUGCUACAAAACUUUGCAUGAAGCCGCCAUCUUUCAAAAAACAAAUAAAAUGGAAACAACAGCAGCAGCUGCUGCAGCAGCCAGUCUCCACACUUUGUCUGCAAUGUCCGACCACCACCACCACCGUAUCACCGCCGUUGAACUCAACAAACAACCACCACUUGUCGGAGCUCCAACAAUUAAAACAGCAGCAGCCGGAGGAGGAGGCGGUGAUUCCGAUCAAACAGAUUACUCAACUUCAUUCGCCGAUACAACAUCUACAAAUACGAGUAAUAAUUCAGCUGCAGCUGCUUCAAUUAGUGAUGACGCUGAAGUUGAUUCUCAAUUCUCUACUUCUUUUGAUGAUGAGUUUGGUACUGUCUUUAGAUUCAGGAAGAAGCGGUUGACCAAUCACUGGAGAAGCUUUAUGCGUCCUUUAAUGUGGCGAUGUAAAUGGGCAGAAUUGAAAAUAAAGCAGUUUGAGUCACAAGCAUUGAAAUAUGCCAAAAAAAUUGCAGCGCAUUCUCGGACAAAACACUUGGCUACGCAUCAGUCUAUUCCAGAAGGGUUUGGUUCAAGAUCAAUGCCGUAUACUAGUCAAAAACGCCGAAGAAAACUCAUGAAAAGAAGGAAAAGGGUGAGAGUUGAAGAGACGGCUGAUGUUGACUUGUAUAUGUCACAACAUUAUCUCUUUUCCUACCAUGAAAGUAAGAAACCGGAUCCAGAUGAACUUUGCAUCAUGGAUGAUUUUGAAGACCCAGAACAUUUUACUAGUCAGGAAACGCUUGCCCUUGACAUGAAUAGCAACUCUUCAUUUCUCGAAGAAGAAGAUAAUGAGAUGGAGCUGAUUCUUCGGAAGAUUGAUAUGGCACAUUCUCGGGUUCAGAAAUAUAAAGCUCAACUUGAUUUGGUGAUAUCCGAAAAUGCUCAGAUGUUUCCUUUAUCUGAGAAUUUAAAUUAUCUUGUUCCUGCCGAAGAACAGACCAGCGCUGUUCAUAGUCCUACUUUCUCUAAUUCGGAGUUUGAUUUGGGAGGCUUAGGAAUGUCUGAACUUGCAGUUUCAAACUAUGAAGAGGGUUUCCAUAUACCUGAUAUAAUUGAAAGCACAGUGGGGACCUUAUCAUCUGUUGACGUUACACAACAUCCACCACAUAUCGGAGAUUCGUGUGAAAAUAUUUUAGACAAUAUGCUGGUACAUGCACAACCUGCUGAAGCAGAAAGGCACACAUUAAGAAGUUGCCAACAUCAACUCACAGUACAACAGGAAGUAAAAAGUGAAGAAGACGACGAAGAAGAAGAAAGCAUGCAUCUUGAUCCAACAAUAGAGUCCGACACCGCAACCAAAGAUGGUAACCCUCAUGAACAAUCAAAUGUUCAACCAAGCGUAGUUUCAGAUUUCCAGGUUCCAAAAAACAAGAGAAAGCGGGGGGAGCGUAAAGCUGGUCCAGGUAAGUGGAAUCUACAAGUUCCUGGUGAGCCAGAAACAUGAUUUAUUAUAGAUCAUCAGAUUAUGUUAAGUUUUAAUCUGUCACAUAACUGCAGCAGUUGUAGAGCUAAGAAAAUUAUAGUAAAAACAAGUAAGAGCUUAUCAGACUGUGUGGAGUGAUAACAGUUUUGCGUUUAACUAUCUGUAACCAUAUUGUUUUAGUUCACGUGCAAUUUUACGCCA